GAAACAAUCGAGCCGUGACCGAUGUCGAUUGUUUUGGCGGGUCCGAUGGAGCCACCAGCACCAGCUAUUUCUAAUUUGGGUCUCGAUUUUUGAAAAAAGGCAAAGUCGUGAAAGAGGAAGAGCUCCCUCGUGUGUCCAGUUUCGUGACAUUGCGGUGCACACGGACUUGACCCAGUGGCGAUUCUUAUACUAGGGGUGCGAUCAUUGGGAUCUAGUAUUCUGUUUCGGGGCAAUUGAGAGAACCCACAUUGGUAGAAAAGUCGACGGUUGAGAAUUGGGAAGGGCUCUCGUCUAAUUCAUCUUUUGAAAGACAAAGUUGAGUUGUUGCUUCAGUUUGAGAGUACUCAAGGCUGGAGAGGGGCACCCUUAUCCUUCUUAUUUCUUAGGGCGUGAAUUGCUGCUGGGCAGCAGAGAAACAUGUGUGGUAUCUUUGCUUACAUAAAUUGCAAUGUUUCAAGGGAGAGACGACAUAUAUUAGAAGUUCUUUUCAAUGGCCUGAGGCGCCUGGAAUAUCGUGGUUACGACUCCGCUGGAAUUUCCAUUGACUCCGACGGGGAUGAUGGUCCUACGAAAUUGCGCGGCUUGGCCGUACCUGGGUCCACUCCGCUCGUAUUUCGCGAGGAGGGCAAGAUUGAAAAGCUUGUUGCAAGUGUGUACAGAGAUGUGAAUGAGACUGAUUUGGGCCUUGAUCACGCAUUCAAGAAUCACGCUGGAAUCGCACAUACGAGGUGGGCAACUCACGGUCCACCAUCUCCCCGAAAUGGUCAUCCGCAGUCUUCAGGAAAGGGCAAUGAGUUUCUUGUAGUGCACAAUGGCAUCAUCACAAAUUUCAUGGUUUUGAAGGAAACUCUUCUGCGUCAUGGUUUUGAAUUCGAAUCAGACACGGAUACGGAGGUUAUACCUAAGCUUGCGAAAUUUGUUUAUGAUUCUUUAACCGAGGAUACCAGGGCUGGAGAUGGAGGUGGCAAAGAGAUUCAAUUUAGCCAAGUCGUUAUGGAGGUGAUGCGACAGAUCGAAGGGGCCUAUGCUCUUAUUUUCAAAAGCCCUCACUAUCCAAAUGAGCUCGUCGCUUGCAAAUGUGGUAGCCCAUUACUACUCGGUGUGAAGGAGGUAGGAGAAGCUGAGAACAGAGGUGCGUUUGUUGAAACUGAGCUGAGGCUAGCCAAAGAUGGCGACAAACCAAAAGAAUUUUACAUUGCCAGUGAUGCCAGCGCUGUGGUGGAGCACACGAAAAAGGUCAUGGUGAUUGAAGAUAACGAGGUUUUGCAUAUCCGGAAUGGAGCAGUUCGGAUUUAUAAGUUUGAAGCGGGAAAGGCAAGGACUGCAAAGGGAGGCUUGCCACGACCGGCCUCAAUAGAGCGUGCCCUUUCCAUUUUAGCUAUGGAAGUUGAGCAGAUAAAGAAGGGAAACUACGACUAUUACAUGCAGAAAGAGAUCCAUGAGCAGCCAGAUUCGUUGACCACAACUAUGAGGGGUCGGUUGAUACGAGGAGGAGGUGAUAACGUGAAGGGUGUUCUCUUGGGUGGUCUCAAAGAUCACUUGAGAACAAUUCGACGCAGCAGGAGGAUCCUUUUCAUUGGAUGUGGUACGAGCUAUCAUGCCGGUUUGGCAACACGAGCCCUUGUGGAAGAGCUGUCAGGUGUUCCAGUGACUAUGGAAUUGGCCAGUGACUUACUAGACCGGCAAGGACCCAUUUACAGAGAAGACACAGCUUUUUUCGUGAGUCAGUCUGGGGAAACAGCAGAUACACUUCAGGCACUAGAAUAUGCAAGAUCAUGUGGUGCCCUUUGUGUGGGAGUCACAAAUACUGUUGGUAGUGCUAUUGCUAGGGGCACACAUUUCGGAGUGCACAUCAAUGCUGGCUGUGAAAUCGGUGUAGCAAGUACUAAGGCCUAUACAAGUCAAAUCGCUGCCAUGACAAUGAUAGCUCUAGCACUUGGAGAGGAUACCCUAUCAAGUCGCAGCAGGCGUGAAGCAAUUAUUGACGAUCUAUUCAAUCUUCCAGACAAUGUCAAGGAAGUGUUGAAGCUGGAUUAUGAUAUGAAAAACCUAGCUCAAGAGCUCAUGGAAGAGCAAUCACUUCUAGUAUUUGGUCGAGGAUAUAAUUAUGCCACUGCUUUGGAGGGUGCACUGAAGGUUAAGGAGGUGGCUCUUAUGCAUAGCGAGGGUAUUUUAGCAGGGGAGAUGAAACAUGGUCCUUUGGCGUUGGUUGAUGAGACCCUUCCUAUCAUUGUCAUCGCCACUCGAGAUGCAACUUGCAGCAAGCAGCAAUCUGUUAUACAACAAUUACAAGCACGCAAAGGUCGUCUUAUUGUGAUGUGCUCAAAGGGCGAUGCUGAUCUCAUGUGUCCGAAUGGUGGCUGCCGUGUUAUUGAGGUUCCACAACUUCAGGACUGCUUGCAGCCUAUCAUCAACAUCGUUCCAUUCCAGCUAUUAGCUUAUCAUUUAACAGUUCUGCGUGGCUUCAACGUGGACCAACCUCGGAACUUAGCUAAGAGUGUCACAACAUCAUGACCAAUUCUACUCUGGUCUCUAUUUGUUGGGAGAAUCGUGCACAAACUGCGCAAGAAAAGAAUUCAUCACAGUAGGCUGAACUGGGUCUGGAAAAUGAGCUGGUGUGCCAUGGGGUUCUAUUGUAGUAAUAAAAAAAGCGCUGUCCAUGGAAUCUUCUGGAACUCGGUCUUCGAAAACUCUAUUAUUCGGUUCACAGAGUUUUAGUGUAUAGAAAAAGUGCAAACACUAGCCAAAAAUUAAGGACUUAUCCCUGUGAGAGUCCUUGACUCGUUCCUUCAUCAAUAGACACACGUACGAAUCCAUCCCACUUACUGUAGGUAGCUUAAAGAAGAGGGUUGCAUAUUCAGAGGACAUCAAAAUCUCAGUAACCAAGCGUGCUGAGCGUAUCAAGAUGCUUACGUCCUACUCUAAGGUUAUCUUCUCUUUGCAGCUAACAUCCGUAUCAAGUAUUCCCAGUGUAGUUGUAGGUGGAAGAAAAACCCCUGUACCUCCUAUUUCCUUUGUAUAUAAAAUCUUAGUGCGUGAUUCCUGCCCAGA